UGAGGCAGAUGAUUUCCGAAGUACUUCAUGAGAGCACUGUUCUGUAGUUUUGAGAGAUUUAGUUCAGCACGAGUUUCAGUUGUUGCGCUUGGGAUAUUUAAUUUGAUUAAGUUCUGCCCAUAUAUUUUCCGGUCGCCUGACUAUUGUAGGCAGAAUUAUGGAACUGCUUUAAAAAGAAAACAAAGAUAUAAAAUAGAUGCAUCUUUUACAAACCAUCCAAUUACUCUCCAAACCAGUCACUGAUCUCUAACUUCAUCCAUGAUAUACGAAGCCAUUUUCUUCAUGAGUAUUCUUCCCAUUAUAAGUCUCAGUAUCAAAAUAACGAAAUUUGAAGUUCCCUCAUUGGUCAUUCCUGGCGAUUCAGCCGUUCUCACUUGCUUCUACGAUCUAGGGAGAGAGAAACUCUACUCUGUUAAGUGGUACAAGGACAAGGUGGAAUUCUUCCGAUUCUUUCCCAGCCUCACACCACAAUACAUGGCCUUUCCAGUCCCCGGAAUAGACAUCGAUCUAUCAAAAUUAUCGCCAAAUACUGUACAGUUGAGAAAUCUAUCAUUGAAAAGUGAAGGACAAUACACUUGCCAAGUAUCAGCUGACGAGCCUUACUUUGGAUGUGUUCAAGUCCACAGAGAUGUGGUUGUAUACAUUCCACCAGAAUCUUCCCCUCGAAUUUCUGGUGAAUUAACUGAAUAUGGUGAUAAUCUCACUCUUCAUUGCUCAUCUGCGAAAUCAAAACCAGCUGCCAACUUAAGUUGGUACGUCAAUGACAUUUUGAUGGAUUCUGAGUUAAUAGGUCACGCACAAGUUAUACGCCACCCAGAUCAGCUGGAGUCAUCAUCUUCAUCCAUCAAUAUACCAUUAACAUCACAGCAUCUGCCUCCAGGAGACAUACGAUUAACUUGUACUGCCUCGAUUGCUGAUGUUGUUACCUCAGUGAGUGAAGAACUCCUCAUCAGUAGACCUGUGCCAGACAUAGUCUUGGAAUUGAGAAACGGAAUAAAAACUUUACAUUCAGAUAUAUGUGUGGUACUUUUAUUUGUAUUGCCCACUAUAAUGAAGUCACUUAGUGAUUUUAGAUGGUUAUAUAUUAUAGCAAGAAGGCUAAUUUGUCAAUCUCAUGACCAACAGAAAGGGGAGAUGAGUCCCAGCGUCUACAAUAUUUCCUCUAUUCACAUCUACAUAGGAAAAGUUUCCAGUUUAUUGCACUCCUCAAUUUGUGACCCUAGGCCAGUUGAAUACGAUACUCUCAUGUGGCAGCGCCAUAAAGCUGAUAAUUUAUCAAUGCCCAGAUAA